AUGGAGGCAGCUGGCUGGCUGGCUGGUCUACGUACUACAAUCCUCCAGUCCACAACUCGAGAAAAAGCUGGGUUUUCUAAGCUUAGUAGUGUAAAGGAGUCCAGUCAGACGGCGGAUUAUUCUCGUGCUAGUGAGCAGCAGGAAGCCGAUUCUGCAGCUUCUAAAGGGUGUGGAAUAUUUGAAUUUCUCAAGAAGAAACCGGAAGAUGUACCUUCCUCCGAUGUGACCAAGGAAAACAAGGGAGAGGAGAAGCCUUCUCUCGCUGAAAGAAUUCCCCUUUUUGAUAGCUCUUCAUCAAGUGAUGAAGAAUCCGGUGAAAAUGGGGAAGUGAAGGAGAAGAAAAGGAAAAAAGCAGAAGGAGAAGGUGUGUUGUCACAACAAGGAAGAUGAUGUAGAUCAGUGUGAAACAGAGGAGAAGAAGGGCAUCAUGGAGAAGAUCAAGGAGAAGCUUCCUGCAGCUAAAGGUCAAGACUCAAGACCAAGCCAAGCGCCUGAACAUGAGGAUGGGAAGGAGAAAGGGAGUAUAGUCUUUUUUUUUUUGCUAAACAGAAAGGGAGUAUAGUCUGUAUAGAGAAGAUUAAAAAGAAGCUUACUAGUCAUACUAAGCACGAAGACGAUGAUGAAAAAGGAAACUUAGUUAAUUAGAGUGUUUUUACUUUCAGUAAAUGAUUCAUCAUCUUGUUGUAUUCUGGACCUCCUCCCUCGUGUGUCUCCAGGUUAAUAUUCUCAAAACUAAAAGGCUCAAGAAAAAUGCAUAAUGGUUUUAAUAAUAUGAAUAUAAUUAUAAAUAUCAAUAUAAACA